AUGGGCCAGGGAUUAGAGGACUUUUCCGGAAAGGACGGAGGCUGUGGCGCGGGCCGCGAGAUCCCGGGGCUUGGUACUGGAGGAUAUAGUUGCACCCUUCCGUCCAGCUCGCGCCCGGGCCCCUCGCUGCACCGCCGGGGUCUCCGGGCCGCGCUGCGCUCGCGGCGGCCCCGGCGCGCGGCGCUGAUUGGCGGUGGCGGCGCGGGCGGCGGCGGCGGAGAGCGCAGAGCGCCGCAGAGAGCGGAGCGGCGGCGGGUGCGGAGCGAGGAACGCGGAGCGGGCGGCGGCCGCACAAAGCUCGGGGCCGCGGGUCUGCAUGCGGCGGACCCGGCCCGGCGCGGCGACUCGUCUCGAGGCCGGCGGGGCCCCGAGGCCGCAGCUCCGGUGCGCGCUGUCCCCGCUCGCAAGUGGCGAGCAAAGUUUGCUGGCGGAGACGCCGAGCCGGAGUCCUUUCUUCCUCUCGCUCCCCGAACCCGAGCGCUGCCGCGGGCGUCAUGCCCUCGCUCCUCCGCAGCCCGGGCUGCGCGUGAACCCGGAGGCUCCAGGGACCACGCUCUGCUGGAGUUUUCCCCGAGGAACCACCGAGCGCGGCGCUCGCUGCCUCCGGAGCCGCACGGGCCGCGGGGACAGGACCGAUCGCCGAGCUGCGUUGCCAUUCAAGGUAAUCGCCGAGCAGGGCCGAGCGGGACGCCUCGCCAGCGGCAGCGGGGCGCCGUGGGGGCCUGCGCGCAGCGGCCCCGAGCCCCGGCGGAAGGCGCGGGCGCGCGGGCCCUGAGGAGGGCGUCCCUGUGCUCCCUCUCGCUGCCUGGGUGCUGGGGAAGGGGGUGCUUGCCGCUGGCGGCGGAGAAGCCGCGCGGCCCCCACCCCGGUGCAGAUGUUGACAUCUGCCUCUUGGCUGACACCCCUCCCUGUCAAAGUCCGCCGGCUCAGUCCCGCGUCCCCCGGACCCCUAAGCGGGCUGCGGGCUGCGAAGGGGGUCCCCGUGGGGCACCUUUGGGGCGCCUCAUGCCUGGACCUGGGGAGCGCGCGCCUCUUCCCGUCCAGUCUCUUGUCCGGGAGGGUGCCGCUGGCUUGGCAUCUCCGACCUCCCCGUCGCCAUCCCCGGAGCGCUGGCGACGCCGAUUGGGAGGCACCUUUAGGAAGGGGGCUGCUUCGGCCCCCCGCUUUCGGUGCCCGCGGCCGCCGUCGGCGCCGGAGCCUGGGCGGACCGCGAGAGCUGCAGGGAGCGCGGCGCCCGGGGCUAGGGGGCGGGCUACGCCGACUUUUCCCGGCUCGUCCGCCCUGCAGCCGCGCGCGGGUGUCGAAGGCGCCGGCGAGUUGGGACUUGCGCGCGCCUUCUUCCAGCGGCGGAGUGCGCUGGGGAUCCGGCCGCGGGCUCGGCCAGUCGCCCGGCCGACCGAGGCGGGCCGCGGGCCGCGCGCAGACAGCGCUCUGCGGGCAGGAGGCGGCCCGGGCCGCCGAGCAGCCGCGUCCUCCGCAGCCUGCCUGCUCGCCAGCGCUCCGGCAGCCCUUCCUUCUCGCCCAAUUCAAUAA